AUGUCGCAACCCGUUAAAGAACGCGCACAAACAAACCACGAGCCAAGCAAGAGUGAGAGCGAGGACCAGUCCGCCAGUGCCCCAUUGGAGAUACAGAACGGGACAGCCACCAAUCCUCCCGCGCCUCGCCCGAACCCGCGAAGUUGUGUCACAUGUCGUCGUAGGAAGGUGAGGUGCAAUAAAGAAAAUCCAUGCGCAAACUGCGUAAGAGCUGGGAUCGAUUGUGUGUUCCCGGGGCCUGGCAGAGCGCCGAGGAAGUCCAAGAAGCCGCCUGAUGCAGAGUUGUUGGCUCGCUUACGCAGGCUCGAAGGCGUUGUCCAUAGCCUGGGUGCCCAGGUAGAUGAGAAUGGAGUUAUCUCACCCACCCUUACUGGGUCUGCAGACAUUAGAGCGCGGUUCGGAGACGCACACGCAGGCGACUCUCCGUCAUCUGACCGUUCGGAUUCCAAGAGACAGUCGAUCGACAAGAACUUGGGGCGGCUGGUCAUCAGCGAGGAUCGCAGUCGCUAUGUGAGCAACGCAUUCUGGACGGGCAUGAGUGACGAGAUUGCGGAAAUGCGAGAUCUGCUAGACCCUUUAACUUCUGACGAGGAGGACACCCUCCAUUCGCCAGAGACUGACCGGCAAGCGAACCAUCCAGCGUUCCUUUUUGGCUAUGCCUCGACCAUGCAUGAUUUGAGGGAGCUACAUCCCAGUCCCAGCCAGAUCUUUAUUUUGUGGGAAGUUUUCAAGGAGAAUGUCGACCCGAUCGUCCGAAUUCUACAUCGCCCGACUGCCAAAACAAUCCUGAUAAAUGCGGCGAGCAGCCUUGACCGAGUCUCGAGACCAGCAGAAGCUCUGCUCUUCUCCAUAUAUUUUGGUGCCGUGGUCAGUUUAACGCCGGAGCAGUGCCAGCAGCUGCUGGUCGAAGACAAACAAUCGCUCCUGAAGAAGUACAGGUUUGCAACUGAGCAAGCUUUGGCUCGCGCGGACUUCCUGAACAGCUCGAGUCUGAUGUGUUUGCAGGCAUUGGCUUUUUUCUUAAUUUUCGUCAGGCAUUGUGACGAUUCCAGAUUAGUAUGGGCCCUGGGCGGUCUCGCCAUCCAUCUGGCACAGGCGUUGGGAAUUCAUCGCGACGGGACCAAUUUCGGACUCAACCCCUUCGAUACCGAGAUGCGACGCAGACUCUGGUGGCAAAUAUCACUCCUGGAUAAUCGAUCAGCAGAAGAUCAUGGUGUCGACCCCACUUUUACGGAGCAGUUCUAUGACACGAAGAUCCCCUUGAAUGUCAAUGAUGAUGAUAUAUACCCCGGUAUGAAAGAGUACCCCAAGGAUAGGGUCGGGGCCACUGAAAUGACAUUCUGCCUGAUCCGCUACGAAAUUAGUGUCUUUUCCCGGCGGUUCAACUUUACCGCCCCAGGGGGCCGCAGCCCUUUCCACGACCAAGACUUGUCCUUGGAAGAGAAGGAACGGCUGAUUGAUGAAUGUCAUCGCAGGCUUGAAGAGAAGUACCUUCAGCAUUGCGACAUGAACAUGCCCAUAUACUGGGUUGCAGCGACGGUAGCAAGACUCAUCCUGGCGAAGAUGUGGCUGAUCGUUCAUCACCCGCGUGCGUACUCCGUCUCCGAUGGAGAGCCAUCACUGCCCCCGGAGAUCCGUGAUCGAGUGUUUAUUACCUCGGUCGAGGUGAUUGAGUUCUCACACCUACUGGAGAAGAACGAGAACACGGCAAAAUGGGGCUGGUUGUUCCGGACUUACAUGCAAUGGCAGUCAGUGGCGUUCGCAUUGUCCGAAAUAUGCACGAGACCGCCUGGUCCAGACGUUGAUCGGGCAUGGAAAGCUAUUGAAUCAGUUUAUGAUGAGCGAAUGAUGAAUUCCAAGUACCAAAAAGGAAUGUUGUGGAAACCGUUGCGACACCUCAUGGCAAAGGCCAAGGCACGGAGGGCCGCGCAACAGGGCCAGGGAACACAGUUGCAGCAGAGUCUGGACGCGCCAUUCACGGAUCUACACAAUCCAACUCCCAUGGAGCGCUUCAUGGAGGACUAUCCGCGCAACCCGGGCACCAAUGCAAGGGGGGGUUUUGGCAUGGGCGGCACUCAACCUCAGGGCGGUGGCAUGGCCCUGGAUCCGCGAGCGCAAGAGUCACUUCGUGCUGUCAGUGGCAACGCGAUAACCGACGGUUCCAACAACAUGUCACAGGACACGUCCAGCGGUCUCGGGGUCAAUUGGACUUCAGAACACGUGCCCUUCAGCAUUAACGAGUCUUCGAUCUUCAGCUUUGGCUGGUCGCCGUCUGUGGGAGACUUCACCGUUCGUGGGGACGCCUUCCAGCGAUACUUCGCAAAUGUUCAGGAGGAAUGGUUUUGA